AUGACUCCAGCCGAUCGAGCGAUGAAAAAUGCAUUUGACGAGAGCGUCCAGCAGGUGAGGUCGCCGCCACGGAUGGCUUCCGCUAGCCAACCCCUCCUUGCCUGGGACCCGGAGCGCGACCUCACCUCAUCUCGCCCUGACAAGUUCCCUCUUUCGAAGCCAGCGGACCAAUGGCGUGCCGCCGUGGUCGCACCGCACUAUACACACGAUCAAUUUCGCAAACUUCAAUCUUCACCCCCUCUUGCUUCCACACCGGACAUCGACUACAAACGUGUCCGACGGAAGCCGUCUUCCUUCAACCUUUCUCGAGGUCAACGAAAGCCUGACAACUGGCCAUUGGCCACCACCCCUUUUUCACCUUCCCUUUCCGCCAGCCCACCACCGAGUCUUUCUUCGCUCGAUCCACCACCUUCCUUGGUGCCCCACCUCCGACCGGGCGCGACAUCACCCUCGCUCGCCUCCACCAUCGACACUUCGCCUUCGACGCCACUUCACGCGCAUUUCCAGCACAGCGAGUCGCCUUCCGACCUGCGAAGCAGUUUCGCAAGAAUCGAGCUCGACCAGCCGAUUCGCACCAAACGUAAGUUUCCAUCGCUCAGCAGAGCAAAACGUCUUCCUCGUUACACGGCGCUUGGACAAGGCAGCGGCAGCGGCAGUGUUUGGGAGGUUCAUGCGGCAGUGAUUGAUUUGGGAGCGAUUGGAAUUGCUGGGGUGGAUGGGAUUGCGCAUCGUGCAGAGACUUCGCACGUGACAAAGGUGCAGACUAAACAACCAGAUCAUCCUCGACCAUCAGCCAGGAAAGGACUAUCUGUCAGGUUCGAAGACGCACCGGCAACGUCGACCAAAGCGACUCAAGCAUCGCCAGAUUCGCAGCACACCCGGUCUGUGGAAGACGAGGACCGGUCGCACACCUCGACCUACACGCUUUCGAAGUUCAAGUUCCCUGCGCCACCAGGGUACGAUUGGACUGGCGCGUUCGGCCACCUGAAAGACUUGACACCCUCAACAAGCCUUGCAGAUCCGGCAACGCUCCACUACAGAGGAGCCUCUUUUGACGUGGUAAACCCACACGAAUCACUGCUGUUGGGGCACUCUGACUUCGAGACCCCAGCUGAGAUAGACGGCUUGCUCGACGACUACUUCAACAGAAGCAGCCAGUCUCUCGAAAUGGCGUACAACGACAAAACCGGCGGCGAGAUGUCGGCUUAUCAGCAAUCCCUUCAUACCUCCAGCAGCGGUGGGCGGCAGCGCAUACUCUACGAAGAUCCUGAGAGUGCCCGCCGCGCAGUGAUGCGUCUCCCAGCUACCUCAUCGCGGCAGACCGUCUUUCACAAUCCACGCGGAGAGCCGAGUCCUGAACUGGAUGAGGGUGCAGCGCGAGCUGCUCGGCAGCAUCGUGACCCUAUCGAUGAGAGCCCCGCCGGAGAGAACCCAACGGCAGAGCGUUCUGGUGAUGGCGAUGCGUUGGAGCCACCUGGUGCGAGAGCAGCUGACCGAGCCAGUUCCGUAUACCCUCGCUCGCAGUACAGCAACCCAUUCGACCUUGAGGUCAGCGACGAUGGCAACGACAAUCUCGAUGCCCGCGUAGGAGCCGGCAACGAGUCUUUCUACGCCAACCGCCCCCCAGUCUCCGACCACCAAGCGGGUUCCGCAGAUGAUGAAGAUAGUGCGAAUCCUUAUUCGACACAAAGCACUCUCGGGCAAGAGACUACGCUGGAUAGGUUGAUCACCCAGUAUGACUACGCAAGGCCACGCGGUAUAUCUGCUGUCGAAGACACCCUGCGGUUCUCGGGAUACGCCACUGAGUCCACCGAUGUCGAAGGAGCCCGCGUCUACAACCCCUUCAGCUCGCCACAAGAUCAAGCGCAGCAGAGAGAGAUCCCGCCGUUCUGGCAGAUGGCGAGCCAUAGAGGCAUGUCGCGCAGGGGCAAUCCACCAACAGCAUCGCUGCCGACUCCUCAGAACCCCUACUAUCCGUACCCGACGUCUGGCUUCAACUACGGUCACUAUCCGUCCCCGUACACCGAGCCACAAACCAAUGAUCAGACGUACGGCAACACCGACGACCUGCUGCAGUAUCGACCCCAGCAGCGCGAGUCUACAAUGACGCAGUGGCCGACAUUUGCAUCUGACAACAGCGAUGACGAAAGCAUGGAGUUUGACAACAAAACCAGUCACUCCUUCUUCAAUGCGCGCUCUGCUCCGACAAGGAUGGAUCGCGAACAGCGUAGUGCCAUGCCACGCAGCUCGAGUUGUUAUCCAGAGGACUACCCCGAUGAUGACGACGAUGCGGUAGAUGAUACUGGCAGCUGGUACACGGCCAGUCGCCCCAACCUCCACCAGGAUCGCAACCCUCCAGAUGACGACCAGUUCCCUCGUCCCAGCCAAGAUAGCUACGCGAACACGAGCAUCACUGGCAACCGCCUCAGUAUGCCCCCACAAGAGCCUGUGCCUGAGAUACCACCAUGGGCGACCAGGGCUCUCGCACAGCAAGGGACGCCCGAAGACGAGGACCCAGAUGCGCGCGAGAUCCGCCGUAUUAUUCAAAGGGAAAUCCAGGAGAAGUUCAACCAGCCACUGUCCGGUAUGCCGAAGCGAUCCAAUACUCAGUCCAUGCGAGACAUGAGGAGUCUCGAGCGCUAUCGCCAAACCCACCCUGACAAAGUGAAAGCCGCCAUCAACGCUUCUGUCUCUGGUAUGGGUACACCACUCGCUCAGCACCCUCGCCCACCGCAAAGCAGCAUUUCAAAGUUCGCUAAGCGUUUCCUGGGUCGCUCGCGCGUUGAGAGUGCUUCUGGAUCCGACACCCAAGGACUCCUGAGUGAAGCCGAGCGCGGACAGCUUGCCUUCAGCCCAACAGCGAACACUUUCCAGACGACGCACAACGAUGCACCAAUCCCUUUCGGAUUGUCCAGUCAACCGAUCUCUUCUCCAAUCACGUCGCCCAUCACCCAGCCAGCCGCUGCGUUCAUCCGCGAUCAAGGCGCUACCUUCUCCAACGUUACGACAGCUCGUAACACUCCCGCUGAGUCGACGUACGAAGACAUCGAGAUGCGCCCUCUCCGCCGCCCAGGGCAGACCAAUCGAGCUGGUAUUACCAGUCAGAGACAGCUCCGUCCUCUCACCCUUGCCACGCCUUCAGCCUCCCCAUCAGGCCCGCUCAACGACCGCCAGCUGGCGCAAGCCUCCGCUAGAUGGACCAUCUCACCGACCAAUGUCCCGUCCCAUGGCAUCGGUGCAAUCACUGGCCCUCUCGGGAUGCCGACAGCUACCGCCUUUGGGCUCCGACAAGAAGAUGGAUCCCUCGAGCCCGUCUCCAUGUUGAUGCACCCAGAUGACUCUCGCACGAUAGGAGUCCGCCGCCUGCAGAAGGAGCUCACUAGGCCAUGGCUGUACGGCUGUGGCGCCUGUCCCGUGACCGCCUUGGCGUUUGGCCUUGGGGCCUUCGAUUUUCACAUGCGCCAGAUGACGUCAGGGCGGGUGAAUGAGAUGGCACCAGCUGCCAAGAAGGAGGCCCUGCGGGUAUACCUGCCGCUGGGCACCAUCAUGUGGGUGAUGGUGAUCCUGGCGCUGGCGAUGAUCGUCGUGGCGAUGAAGCGCUGA